UUUUUUUUUUUUUUUUUUNUUCAUUUGUCAUAAAUUUUUCUCGAACACCGAAAACACUUUUCGAACCCUAAAAGACAGAACACUGUGUCAAUUUUUCAUUUCCUAGGGGGAGCCAAGACAAAAUAAAAUCAAAGACAGUAGUUUUUUUUUUUUUUUUUUUUUUUGUUUUGAGAGAGAGAUAAUGCAGAGGAUGAAGCAGCAGCAACAGCAACAAGUUAUGAUUCAGCAAGCUCUUAUGCAGCAACAACAGUCUCUCUACCAUCCAGGUCUCCUCGCCGCUCCUCAGAUAGAACCAAUCCCAAGUGGAAAUCUUCCCCCUGGUUUUGAUCCAAGUUCUUGCCGCAGUGUGUACGUUGGAAACAUCCAUAUUCAGGUGACGGAACCUCUGCUUCAAGAGGUUUUUGCUAGCACUGGUCCUGUAGAAAGCUGUAAACUAAUUAGAAAAGACAAGUCUUCUUAUGGGUUUGUCCACUACUUUGAUCGAAGAUCGGCUGGUCUUGCAAUCCUUUCUCUCAAUGGAAGGCAUUUGUUUGGGCAACCUAUCAAGGUUAACUGGGCUUAUGCCAGUGGCCAGAGGGAGGAUACAUCAAGUCACUUCAAUAUAUUUGUUGGGGAUUUGAGUCCUGAGGUUACUGAUGCAAUGCUGUUUAAUUGCUUCUCUGUCUAUCCGACUUGCUCGGAUGCAAGAGUUAUGUGGGAUCAGAAAACUGGACGUUCACGAGGAUUUGGAUUUGUUUCGUUCCGUAACCAACAGGAGGCCCAGACUGCAAUAGAUGAAAUUGGUGGGAAAUGGCUUGGGACCAGGCAGAUACGUUGCAACUGGGCGACAAAGGGAGCCACUUCUGGUGAGGAGAAACAGAGCUCUGAUUCCAAAAGUGUCGUGGAACUAACCAGUGGUGUCUCUGAGGAUGGUAAAGAUUCUAGUAACGGUGAAACUCCUGAGAACAAUGCUCAGUACACUACUGUUUAUGUCGGCAAUCUUGCUCCAGAGGUUUCCCAGGUUGAUCUUCACCGCCACUUUCAUUCCCUUGGUGCUGGGGUCAUUGAGGAAGUCCGUGUUCAAAGAGAUAAAGGUUUCGGAUUUGUGAGAUACUCUACUCAUGCAGAGGCUGCCCUCGCUAUUCAGAUGGGAAAUACACAUUCCUACCUCGGUGGCAGGCAAAUGAAGUGUUCUUGGGGAAGCAAGCCAACUCCAGCAGGAACAGCUUCAAACCCGCUUCCUCCGCCAGCUCCUGCACCAAUCCCGGGAUGCUCAGCCAGCGAUCUUUUGGCUUAUGAGAGGCAACUAGCGAUGAGCAAGAUGGCGGGAAUGAAUCCGCUGAUGCAUCAUCCGCAUGGACAACAUGCUCUUAAGCAUGCUGCAAUGGGAGCCACUGGUUCUAGCCUAGGAAUGUAUGAUGGUGGUUUCCAGAACGCUCAGCAGCUCAUGUACUACCAGUGAGUUCUUCCUUGGAGCCUUUAUUUGAAUGAAGAGUUUUUUUCUUUUCUUUUCUUUUCUUUUUGUUAUGUAAUGUCUUCUUUAUUGUAUCUUUUUCUUUUCUUCUAACUUUAUGUUCUUGUUAUAAUGUUAUCAUGUAGCUGUGGCCUGUGGGUUUUGUGGUUUGUGUUUUUUUCCUUGGUUAACUACGAUUUACGUUUUUGCGCGUC